AAAAAAAAAGAAAAAAAAAAAAAGUGUGUGGAAUUUCUAAACAUAUAUAUGACAAGUGAUGCCAAAAUAGCAUCUAACAACACACCCAUUGUGACAUUACCACUGGAUCGCAUAUUCUCCUAUCUUGAACGUCCAGACCUUUUAAAAACAACACUCGUAUCCAAAGACUGGCACAUUGCCUCUUCCAAAAAGCUUUGGUCCAAGUUUAAAUUCGUGCGAGAGAAAGAGUUUGAAAGGAUCUUUCAUAUCCUCUCCAAGAACAAGUCCUACGGUCAUUAUAUCUCUCAUCUGGAACUCAUUCAUUCAGAUAAAGACUUUUAUCUCAAUGCAAGUCAUAUUUUCCUCAUCACUUUGCUCUGUCCAAAUUUACUCUCCAUUUCCAUCACCUUUCAUCAUACCCGCUCUGUAGCGCCACCCGCCAACAUCAAUAGACGCUUACCCCCGCCUCUUUUACCAAGGCAACAGCAACACAUACAGCAGCAACAUCCACAUCCACAAAGACCCGUCUCGGCUGCUCAUCCUCCUCUUCAUUUGCAGCAGGUUCAUCAGCUACAGAAGCAGCCUUUCCUACCACAACCACCACAGCAGCAACAACAACAACAACUACAACAACCACAACAACAGCAUCAGCAGAUGAGACCUCCCCCUCACGGUGCCCCUUCUCCAUCAGCAGCAGCAGCAGCAGCAGCAGCAGCAGCAGCAACACCACGUCAUACGCAAAGCCUGCCUUUAGCACAUUUUGCCCACAACUGCCCAAAACUAAAAUCGAUCCGACUCCAUUCGUAUUCACCUAAAACCGACGAUUCGGUGUACGAGAUGGCCAAAUACAUGACCUGGCGGUGUCUGGAAUCCAUCACCUUGACCAAUUGCACGACGAUUCAGAGUUCGACCCUGUGCAAGUUAGCCAUGACGAACCCACAACUGAAAUCGGUCGAGAUCAUGGGGACCACACCCAUCAGUGACAGUAGUUUAGCGACGUUGGCGAAUGGUUGUGGUGGGACAUUGGAGUACCUAAGUAUUGGGAAUGCCUGUCAAUUGACGGAUAAAUCGAUACGUUACAUUGCAGCCAAAUGUGUGCGAUUACGACAAAUUUGUAUAUUUAAUAAUGAUAGAGAAAAGAUCAGCCAAGAUACCCUGACGGCCAUCAUACAGCAGUGUCGUCAACUGCGGAUGAUGAGUAUCAGUGACUCGCGUUGCUUGGGGACGGAAUUCUUUGCAGCGGUGGUGCAACGUGUAAAUAAUGAAAUGGAGACCCUCCGUAGUCAAAGAAAAGGACAAGAGAUUAUAAAAGAGGAAUUCGGGUUGCAGACAUUGUGCUUGGGUGCGGUGAGUCGACAGGUCAUUCAUAGCCCUUGUAUGGCUGCUCUCAUUGACGUUAGUGCAAGUAAACAUGACCCUCCUCAACAGGAAGAAGGAGGAAAAGGAGGAGAGGAUGACGAUGAUGCGAUAGACAUUCUAGACAUAUCCGAUCAAUUGACGCAUUUGAUCAACACGACUAAAUUUAUGCCAAAAUCAACUGUCAUUCGUGGCAAUACCAUUUGGUGGCAAAGACGCCGCAUUUCGUUCUAAUUUAACAAUUUUUUUUUUUUUUUUAAACAAAAAAAAAACCAUGUAAAUAUUACUAAUAAAAAAAAAAAAACCAUAA